AUGUUGGAUGAGACUCAACUUGCUAGUGGAAACGCAGAAUUAGGUUUAGGUAAAGUCUGUACUCUAUGGAAGAGAGCUGACGAAAGUCUUGAACAUCUCGAAGAAGCAUUACAUAUAAGACAACGUCUUUUGGGACAAGAUCAUGCUGACGUUGGAGAAUGUUAUACUUGGAUCGGCGGGCUACACUGGUAUGUGCGAGACGAUUAUGAACAAGGGUUGUCCAACCUAAAAAGGGCACUCGAAAUUCAAGAAGCAACACUUCCAUCUGAUUCUCUUGCUCUCGCUAGAACCUAUAAUAGCAUAGCGAGCACGUACUACUUCAUGGAAGAAUAUGAUUUGAGUCUAGAUUAUUAUAGUAAAGCUCUCAAGAUCCUACAAGCUGUCUUACCUACUAAUCAUCCAGAGAUUGCUGUAACGUACAAUAAUCUAGGACAAUUAUAUGAAAUGAAAGGAAAUUAUUCAAAAGCACUAGAAUACUACGAAAAGUCGAUUGAUAUUAAGCGGAAAAUUUUACCACCGACUCAUGAAAACAUUGUUAUGACCGAAAAUAAUAUUUGUAAAUUGAAAGACAAAAUGAAAAAAUAGUUCGACAUCUAAUUAAAGAAGUACAAUGUAACAUUGAUGCAUGUUCGUCUCAUAUUCAUGUGCGAUUAUUCAUUGGCCACCACUCUUACAGAUAAAAACACUGUUUGACAAUAAUGUUGCCCUUUGAACAGUACUAAAGUAGAGUUUUUUUGUUUAUAAUUAUUCUCAAACUUUUUCUUUCUACCUGUUUUCGGUCGUUUCUAUAAAAGAUUGAAUAAAAUGUAAUUGUUUCUAGCUUCAAUGCUCCACUAGCUUACAAAAUCAUAAAAAUCAGUGUGAUGAGUACGAGAUAAUGCCAUUCUUUAGGCAGUCAUCAGCAUUUGGUCGGUUACGAAGUUUUCAACUUAUAAUAUAUCAAAAUAUAUCAUGACUGUUCAUAUUAGCCGGCUUAAAAAAAAUGAAUUCAUCAAGAUCCACCUCAUACAAGAACAAUGGGAAUUUUAAUCUGCACAUAAACAAUCAGAAUCAUUCACGCAUAAUAAACAUCCACAUAUUUGUAAGUGAGUUUAAACUAGUUGAAAUACUUAAAUGUAGCUUUGGAAAUA